GCAGAGGCGAGCUGUGCUCGGCUACCGCGUUUGCUGCCGCCGCCGCUGUUUCCCGAGCGCGCACACGAGUACCACCGAGCCUGGUCUUUUUCUCUUGCGAAGAGCGCCGUCCCGCUUUAUCCGGCAUGUCUGUUGAGCUGGAAGAAGCCGACCUCCCCCUGACCGAGGCGGAAGAGGCGCCCCUGGCUCCGGAGAAGAAAGGCGCCGCCAAGAAAGCCAAAGGCGGCGGCGGCGGUGGGUCGGUGUUGUCGCCAUCCAAGAAGAAAAAGAAUAACAAGAAGAAGAACCAGCCGGGCAAGUACAGCCAGCUGGUGGUGGAGGCGAUCCGCAAGCUGGGCGAGCGCAACGGCUCGUCGCUGGCCAAGAUCUACAACGAAGCUAAGAAAGUGGCCUGGUUUGACCAGCAGAACGGGCGCACCUACCUCAAGUACUCCAUCAAGGCGCUGGUGCAGAACGACACCUUGCUGCAGGUGAAGGGCACGGGCGCCAACGGCUCCUUCAAGCUCAACAGGAAGAAGCUGGAGGGCGGAGAAGGGGGCGCCGGAGGAGCAGGCGGCGGCGGGGGCGCCUCGCACGCCAAGUCGCACAAGAAGGCGGUGGCCGUGCCCGCGUCGCGCAAGGUCGAGAAGAAGCCCGUGGCCAAAAGCAAAAAGCUGGAGAAGAAGUCGCACAAGAAAGGCGCCGGCGGGGGCGCCGCCAAGAAGGACAAGGUGAAAGCCAAGAAGGCCGCCAAGAAGACUGUCGCCUCGCCCAGCCCCAAGAAGGUGAAGAAGACGGCCAAGCCCAAGGCGCUCAAGAGCAGGAAAUGAGGCGGAGAUGGAGAGGGCAAGGGGGGCCCUGGUUGGCUGCCCUGCCCUGGACUUGUGGAGCCUCAAGACAUUGUAUGACUUAUUGCUCUCAGCACAGCCAUGUUACCCGGUUUCGUUUCUGUAGCUUUUUCUUGGGGGGGGGGUGAGGGGGGGCCUGGGUUGGAGGCGCGCCGCCGGUUCCUUGGAGGGAAGAGGAAUACGUUAUUCGCCCCAGCCCUUUAUUUUUUAAUAAGGGGGGGAUGACUGUUGAGGGCUUGUGCGGGGUUCUGAAUUUUUUUUUUUAAUUCUUGGGAAUAUUUUAAUGCUUCCUACCCCCCCCUCCCCCGACAAAUAUGGAGGAUAGGCGACUCUGUUUCCCUGCUUGCCCCUGGUUCUCCAUGCUCACGGAGGCGUUUUGGCUGCCUUCCGAAAGUUUGCCCGCCCGUCGUGGCCGCCCCUCGGAUGCCGCUGCGGCGCCAUGGCAACGGCCCAAUUGGCUUUGCAAGGGCACCUGGGCUUUUCCCUUUAAAAAGGCGCUUCUCGGGAUGCAGGGAGGGAGGGGAGAAAUAGGGAGCGGUUGGGACCAAGUGGGGUUGUGGCGGGGUGCCUUUUUGUUUUUGCCUUUGAGAGGCCUGCACAGUCAUUACCGGGCGAGAUGCUUAGUUCUAGGGAAGGUGGGGAUCGGAGGGGGGAUCUCCUGGAAGAUCAUCAUACUGCCUUCAAAGGUGUCUUGCCUUCGGUAUCCUUUCCCCUCCGCACUUGUGUUUUUUUGUUCAAUAAACCGUUUAAAAUGCUUUUUUUU